CUCGGCCUCCCAAAGUGCUGGGAUUACAGGCGUAAGCCACCGCGCCCGGCGGACAGGGUUUGUUAAAACUCAUCAAGCAGCACGCCUAAGAUCUGGGUAUUUCUCUGUAUGUAAAUUACAUUAAAUAAUUUUAAAGAAUGUAAAGGGAGGGAUCAAGGGAGGGGAGGAGGAAAGGCAAGCAGCAUCCGCAGGGCAGGUGUCCCGGUGACCGGUUCCCAAGCGGGAGGAGGGCGGUGGGCUCGCGGACACCAGCAUGCAGUGGCUCUGUUCGGCCGCCAGGUGGGGCGUGGGCCCUGGAAGGGCGGGCGGUGAAGGGCGGCGAAAGGCGGUGAGGGGGCGGGCCCGUACGCCGAUUCCAUAUGGGCGCCGGCGCGGAGCGCCGCGGGGCAGCGCGGGGUCGCCAUGGCGGAGCUGCAGCAGCUCCGGGUGCAGGAGGCGGUGGACUCCAUGGUGAAGAGUCUGGAAAGAGAGAACAUCCGGAAGAUGCAGGUAGCCGGGCUGGGGCCGAACCGGGACCUCCUUCUCAGCGGGUGGGUUCCGGGCCCUUCCCUCAGCCACCACGCGACGCCUGGCACUGCAGCCGCGUCCCCGCAGACCGGGUGUGGGCGGCCCUGGGGUCGCCGCAGCGGCCUCGGACAGGACUUCGGAAGCUUUGGCGGAUUGGAUGAAAUCCGUGUGCCCUUGCCGUGCGCGAGGCUGUUUUCCGCCCCUUCCAGCCCGGGGCAGGAGCGUCCCCGGCGGCAGGUGGGAAGCCCCUGGCGGCAGGCGCUCGCCCCACCACCUUCCCCUCUUACGCGGCCCCUUCCGCAGGGUCUCAUGUUCCGGUGCAGCGCCAGCUGUUGUGAGGACAGCCAGGCCUCCAUGAAGCAGGUGCACCAGUGCAUCGAGCGCUGCCAUGUGCCUCUGGCUCAAGCCCAGGCUUUGGUCACCAGUGAGUUGGAGAAGUUCCAGGACCGCCUGGCCCGGUGCACCAUGCAUUGCAACGACAAAGCCAAAGAUUCAAUAGAUGCUGGGAGUAAGGAGCUUCAGGUGAAGCAGCAGCUGGACAGUUGUGUGACCAAGUGUGUGGAUGACCACAUGCACCUCAUCCCAACUAUGACCAAGAAGAUGAAGGAGGCUCUCUUAUCCAUUGGGAAAUAAAAGUCUUUGCCAGUGGCCAUCAGGGCUGAGGGCAAGAAUAUAUUUUUUAUAAGGAAUUGGGAAUUUUAGUCUUUUAAGCAAAGUUUACGAAUGAAGAAAUGAAGGAUGGCCGCAAGUGUAAGGCAUAUGUCACUUGCCUCUGGACACUGGUUAUUUUAUGUUUCAGUCCCUAAAAAAUGAAAUGGAAAAAAGUGGUGCUAAAUCGGGUCAGAGAUAUUACAGGAGAGUUUUAGAGCUUAUUAUUUCCUGUGGCCAGUGCUUGUCCUGGCAGUAAGGCUCUCCCCUGUAACAAGCCAGAGCCCUCCAAGGUACCAGACUCUUCUUGCUAUACAGGUACUAACAGGCUGGCAGGUUAGAGUUGGUGGAGUCUGAGGAGAGAUAUUUUCUCUUUGUUGCCAAUAUCCUGUUUACCAGAAGUGUCACCACACCAUCUUCCAUAAGCUGUGAAACAAAAUCAAUGAGGUCACUAACUUAGAAGGGAAAGAAAGUUUUCUGGGUCUUUGUUUUCUUGAUUUUGGGUAAUUUAUACAAGGGCAUACAAGUUGAUUUUAAGAUGUGGAACUGGGAGGCAGACUAGUUUGGAUAACAACUUUGAAAUGUUCCUUGUGGAUCCCCAUUUCUGGUCAUCAAGAUGUGGAUGUACAUUUCUUAAAAUUAUUACAUGCUGCAUCUUUCAGCCUGGAGACCGUGCAGAAACAUGAGAGGUGACGACACACUAAUUGUGGGAAACAGAAUUACUGGCUGAUGGGCCCUGAGGCUGUGUGUAGCAAAAUGACAGGACAAUCUUGCAGUAACACUUUCCCCUUGAAGAGAAGGGGGUUUUGACUGUGAUAUAUACUAGUAUCUAGGAAUGAACAGUAAAAGAGGAGCAGUUGGCUACUUGAUGACAACAGAGUAAAGAAGCACUGGAUUUGGAAAAACCUGGUUUUAUUAGAACAGAUGGAAUGAAAGCCUACACCUAGCAUUGCCUACUUAGCCCCCUGAAUUAACAGAGCCCAAUUGAGACAAACCCCUGGCAACAGGAAAUUCAAGGGAGAAAAAGUAAGCAACUUGGGCUAGGAUGAGCUGACUCCCUUAGAGCAAAGGAGAGGCAGCCCCCAUUACCAAAUACCAUUUUUGCCUGGGGCUUGUGCAGCUAGCAGUGUUCCUGCCCCAGCAUGGCACCUUAUUGUUUUGAUAGCAACUUCAUUGUAUUUUCACCAACUUAUUACUUGAAAUUAUAAUAUAGCCUGUCCAUUUGCUGUUUCCAGGCUGUGAUAUAUUUUCCUAGUGGUUUGGUUUUAAAAAUAAAUAAGGUUUAAUUUUCUCCCCA